UUGCGAAACGCCUCCACGUCCACCUGCAGUCGCUGGCGACGGCGUCAGCGUUGGAGACGGCCUCGGGCCGGGACUCUGCGACAACCUCUGGCCAAGAGUCUGCGACGGCCUCGGAUCAAGAGUCUGCGAUGGCCUCGGGCCACCACCGUUCUUCGAGCUCCCCAUUCCCUGCAAGCGAGAACGAACCCAACCGCUCACACCGCAGCCGCCGGCAAGGACAUCGCUCUAAACGACGGUCGCGCGAGCGCGACGGCCGGCCCUCACACCACAGCUCACGGAGACUGUCCCGCUCUCCACCUCCCCCGGUUCGGCGACGGUCAGAUACCACCUCAUCCGACGGCUCUGCCCCGUCAUCCGCUAGCAGCCACUCCAGCCGUUCUAGCUCAAGGAGCGAAAGCCCGCAUAGACGGCGCAGCCACCGUCACCGCCGGCAUAACCGUCGCGGACGGCAAGGCCGACAUCGCGCGGCGAUAUCGGUUUCGCGGUCCCGCUCGCGGAGCGGUCGUACUUCCAGCAGCAAGAGGCGCAGCGGCCGUGAUCCCCGCUGCCACCGCCAUCGCUCUGACCGCCCUCAGGGAGGGAACCUACCACCCAUCCCACGGAGGCUAA